GUUUGAAAAAACGAAAGAAUUUUGAUGGACAUUAGCUUUUCGAUGAAUUCGAGGAUAGUCGGAGCAGGUUGCUUGAUGUUGUCGCGCAGGAAUUCAUCAACAAACAAGUAGCGAUGCCAAAAAAACUGUUAGGAUCUGAAGACUUACAACGCAAAUUACCUGAAAGAAUGAAACUUCAGCAGUUGAAUAGUUCCACACCAAUGUUCACCUCACAGAUCACUCGUCGGGCAUUUCGCGUUAUGAAUAAUGAUGAUCGCAUUUUGAACUAUCAUUUCAUUCUUAAUCAGUCACAAGCUGUUUGCAUUAUGUGUGAAUUACUGACAAGCAAUGAUCAGCCAACAGAUCGGAAUUACAAGAAUGAUAUAUACGUUGUACUCUAUGAUACUGUCGAGGAGCAAGUAAUUACAGUUACGAUGAAGAUUGUGGAAGAUAAAUAUAUGAGCGAAGAAUGUUUGUUGAAAGCAGGGGAAUAUAUAAUCAGUGUUCAAACACUGUGCUGUUUGGAGAGUGUUAUGGAUUCCAAAAGGUAUGAAAUGAAGUUGGUGGGCUCAGAUGGAAAACUGACUAAGCAUUUCAAGAUGGCACUAAUGAAUAUGUUUGAUCUGUUCGAUUUCGACGAGAACGGUAAAUUAAGUCGAGAGGAAUUUGACAUAUACAAUACACUGGCAAGUGAUGAACAUGUUUUGGAUCAGGAGUGGGAAAUACUUUGCCGAAAUUUUGAAGCUAAAGACGGUGAAUUACUCCUAAAUUCUUUUGUGGCCCUUCAUCAGAUAGAGGCAGAUAAUGAUCCAUCACUGGAAGACACUUGGAUGACGUUGAUGAGCGUUGGGUACAACGAACAACUGGAUCUGAUCAAUAACUGUCCGUGUUCACUCACUAUCUUUUCUGAAUCAGUUGUUCAUAUGGGACAGGUAGAAUUACGUGAACCUACCGGGAGCGAGAAUGCGGCGUUAGCUGAUUAUUUCUGGAAGAACGGUCAUGAAAUUGAUAGUGAUGUUGAUGUGCGCAUUUGGAAAUGUGACUAUUUUGCAGUUUGUAUAGCUGGUCCAAUGAAAUUGCCUUACGCUAUAAAUCUUCACCAUGAAAAUUCGAAAAAUGUAUUGGUAAAAGAACUAACAGAGCUUCAGCGAGUACCGUUGAAAUUUAUCAGACCAAAGAUAUUACUUCAAGCAAUUGCAACGGAAUCUGACUGGUCGUUGAUUUUGACAGUGGAAACAACGAUCUGA